UCUGAGAUUUGCUUUUAAUAUUAAGUACAAUCCCGAGACACCUUGCAAGUGAAACAAAGAAAAUGCAGUAAACCUCAGGGCACUGUGAAUCGCUGCAGUCUGAAAUGGUGCUGUGUUUAUAAUCUCCGCCUCCACUAUAGUCGCAACGAUUAUUUAAGUAGAUAAUAGAGUCAGGGCCUUAUCUGAAGUAUUUUGACAGUUUGUCGAUAAUUGAUAAAGCAGAUCACUACUGAUAUAAAUACUGCCACAAACGCUGGAGCAAAGAAAAAAGAAAUCUGCAGUUUACUUUUGCGCUCACAUCUCAGAGAGAUGCCUGGUUGCACGCGGGAAUGUUUUGUUUCGCUGAUCUGUGCCCUGUCAUUCGCGCUAAUCGAUUGCUUUGACAUUGGAAUAUCGACCAAGUGCGUAUCCGUACCGAAAGAAAUGGGCUUAUGUCAGGAUGUCGGAUACACGGAGAUGAGGCUUCCAAAUCUGAUGGGCCACACGACACUCAGAGAAGUCAUCCCAAAAUCUGCAGAAUGGGAGUCGCUGCUUCGCACGGGCUGUCACACACACAGCGCCACGUUUCUCUGCUCCUUGUUUGCUCCAGUCUGUUUAGACACAUUCCUCCAGCCUUGCAGGAGCCUGUGUGUAGCUGUCAGGGACAGUUGUAGCCAAGUGCUUGCGUGCCACGGACAGUCCUGGCCCGAUGCCUUUGACUGUGAUCGAUUCCCCGCCAAUGAGGACACCUGCCUCACAUCCAUCAGCACAGAAUCGUCGACUUAUCGAAAAUUUUUUCCCAAGCCAACUUGCCAGGGCUGUCCUAAUGCAGAGGAGCUAGGAGCCCACAAAAGAAUUCUGCAAGCAUUUUGUCAGAACAGUUUCGCUGUCAAAGUUACCCUGACGAAAAGGAAGCGUGCCUCAGGGGAUUCCGAGUAUGAGGUUGAAGGACGGGUGGAGAUGAUUAGCCCUGGUUCGCUGUUUCCCUUUGGAACACGCACUAUCAUUCAGCAGUGGCUCCUGAUCAAUACAAACUGCGCGCACAAACUGACACGCAGCAACAACCGCGCCGUGCAGUAUGUCCUCAUUGGCAAUGUUCAGGACACCAAUAUAAUCGUAAAUAAGAUCUAUUUGUGGCACAGAAAGGAUACUCAACUAACGCUCGCCGCUCGUAAAUGGAAACAACAUAAAUGCUAGGCGGAAGCCUGGUUCGGUACAUUUGUAUGUGAUGACACAUUAAUGCACUCGAUGUGCAUAUUGUAAAUAUAAAUUUAUAAUGUACAGUACAUCUGUUAUUGUUUGUAAACGUAUAGGUUGGAAUUAUGCUAUUGGCCCGCUGAGGAUGUAACUGCUUAUCAUUAAAGCUGUGGAGUAUGUUGUGUAUAUAAGUAUAGAAGGAUAUAGCUGUAUAGUAUAUGAAGCUCUUCUAAUUGUAAUUGUAACGACUUUACUUUCAGUGCUAGAACUGCGAGGAAGGCAGUGCCAAAUUCAUUAAUAGGUAGGCUGAUGGCAUCGCUGUCAUUCAUGUAAAACUGUUACAACAACAUUA